GCCGGAAAUCCACCUUUUCUGCGCGCAGGGUUGAAGAAACCUUCGCUGCACGUGGGUUUCAGACGUAGCAACAACGCUUUUACCGAAAUCCUUUGGACUUUCCAGACUUGAAAAGUCUAUUUGAUUUCAUUUGAACGUGUAAAGCCCAAAAGGCACCGUGUCGUCGUGAUGUUUCUGCAAUAUUAUCUAAAUGAGAACGGAGACCGAGUGUACACUCUGAAGAAGGCGACACCCGAAGGGCAGCCCACCAGCUCGGCCCACCCGGCUCGCUUCUCACCGGACGACAAGUUCUCCCGGCACCGGGUGCUGGUGAAGAAACGCUUUGGGCUCCUCCUCACGCAGCAGCCCAGGCCCAUUCUGUGAUGGAAGUGAUGCUGGGCCUGCAAGAGGAAGACAAACUCCUGGGUUGGAUUCAGAAAGACUUGACUAUGAGCUGGAUCAGCUACAACUUGGAUUAUUUUGGUGUUACUUAUAGUUAUAAUUGGUACGUACCCAAUAAAAUGUGCUAAUGCUUUUUA